UGAUUUAUGGCAUCAUCCUCUACUCAUGUCGCCUAAUGAGAGAUAUUAUUUCCCCAUUGAUGCCACCAUGACACUUCAAAAUAAGAAAAGGGGUGUUUGGAGGGAUAAAUACAGCAAAAGCGAGAGCAUUGACAUUAAAGCAACGAUUGAAAAGUCCAAAUGUGAUACAGAUUUUAAGCCCUUUUAUGAGAAAGCUAAAUAUCAGGAUAAUGCACUGGGAGUGCUUGAUUACUCAAGAAAGAUUAGCGUUCAUUUCCAACAACAAAAUAGUUUGAAAAAGGUUGUGGAAGAAGGGCUUACUUCAUUAUUCCCCGAACGACUCACAUAUUUAUAUGAUUUCUUAUAUGGCAUUGGUAUUAGCAUGCAGUUCUUAAUAAAGAGGAGAGCAGAAUCUUGAUGAUCAUCAACUACAUUUGAUCCUAGCUUAACGAGGCAACACCAAAAAGAAGUUUCAAGCUUGUGGUAGUAUUUAUAAACUGGAUUUCAGUCGAUUGUAUGUACAAGGGGAAAUUGAUAUUUGAUGCUUAUUUACAUGUAGUAAA